AUGCCACAGUCGACCUCAUCCCCAGGUGGAAAGUCCCUGAUUUGUCGCACGUAUACGGGGUCCAAGCCGUUCAUCUGUAAGGAGUGCCGGAGGCCAUUUGCUCGCCAAGAUGCUCUGACCCGACAUGAGAAAUUGCACACGCGUGUAGCAGCCACUAAACACGCGCACACUCACCAGUCCGUGCAAGUGCCUCGGGCAAUGUCUCAAGAAACCCUCCCUUGUGAUAGCCCUAGAGCCCCGGUAGAGGCUGUUAUACCACCAUCUGCACACAGCCUGGCAUGGGAGACACCCGGGGCCCAGCAGGCGCAAGGCUUGCCUUCUGCAGCCCCAGACCUCGAUUUUGCCCUGAUAUGGCCGGACUCAGAGGACUUGUUCCAGAGUAUCAUGUCCUCAGACACCACGGAUCAGUGGCAGAUGCCCCUUGGAGCUCUUCCCAUUCCUCCUGUGGUGCAGGACUUCGGUGGCAUGAACUUUGGUUCCCCAAACUCUUUUGAUGAUAGAGGCUCGUCCAUCGGCACUAUUCCUUCUGGCGGAAGCCACCAGGCCGUACGAGAUGUCACUGAGAUGGUGACGAGCUCGUCCUCUAGUGUGACGGCCGCAAUUAAAGCAACUUCAAUUACGUCGGUAUUUUUGGACGAAUGUCUGCAUAUGUUUUUCGUGCGGUUUAUCCCUACGUUCCCCAUCCUCCAUAGGGCCACUUUUGUUUUCCGGGACUGCACGCACCCUCUGCUUCUGAACGCCAUGGCACUCGGAUCUUUAUAUCUGGGGCCCAGAGACUCUGUCGCUAAGUGGCAAUCGCUGAUUACACAUCGUGGACCGUACGACGCAUGCAAGGGUGUCCAGCUUCUAAUCACAGCACUACUGGGGCAAAUUUAUGGAGCGUUAUCCAAGAACCGAGCUGUUCGUACCACAAGCCAGGUCUUCCGUCCGCUUGGUUUCGUUUGGGCAAGGCAUUGUGGCAUGCUAGACAGUGAACCAUUCUCAAUGGAGGAUCUCCCAUUCCCCGGCCCAACCAGCGCAGAGAAAGAUCAUAAAUGGCGAACAUGGGCUGCGAGGGAGAUUCAACAGCGUGCACUGCUAGCAUACCAUAUUGUCGAUGGACUGGUUGCACAGAUGUCUGGAGAUGGGGCUUCCACGCGCCACGUUGCUAACCCACUCACUAUUCCUAGCAACGAAGCCGCUUUUGAUGCGAACAGCGCCGAUGCAUGGCUGGCCCAUAUGCACCCCAAGAAAGCGGACCAGCCAUCUUUCCGCCUGAUUUUCCGGUCUCUUUUCCCUCCUAUCGGCAGUCUCCGAGCACUCGACUACCCCCUGUCAGCCUUUUCCCUUCGUGUGAUCCUGGAAGGCCUACAGUCGCUUGUGUCUGACUCGGAUGAAAGUGAUCUGGCCGCUGUUGGAGCUCCAGAUCGCUCCGACGUCCGAAGAGCCCUCGCCCAAGUACAUGAGACUAUCUCCCUAAGCAUUCACCUUUCAGCAUCGGAAAGGCUGGAGGUACUUCUCCGCUGGCACACAAUUUGUCUAGAUACAAUGAUCAACUCGACCGUGCUUUGCCGCCACGUUUGUUCCCGCUACGGCAUUUCCCAACAUGUCUCCGGAGGCUCCCGAACACUCCGGACAGGAUUCGAUAUGUUAAAAUGGGUCAACACCGAAGAUGCUCGGCGUGCCCUACUCCAUGCCAUUGCUAUCCAGGACAUUGUUGAGCAGCUUCCCAGAGGCCGUGCACAUGUGAUCCACAUGCCAAGCUCACUCUUCUCCGCGGCUACCGUCUACGUCGUCUUCGCCCUCGCAGGGGUGGCGAAUAUCCAUCUUCCGCGCACGAUUGUCUGGCAGGAUGCCCUUCUUUCCCACGCAGACUUGAACCUGGGCUGUCAACCGGCGCGACCCUCAACCGGCUCUGAAACCCGUCGCUUCGUGACAGACGGCCGCACGGAUUCUCCGCCGGGAGUUGGAGCCGUGAGAAACCUCCUGUACGAAAUGAACUCCAUGCAGAAACUCUUCCGUUGCCUCAUCUCCCAAUGGGGCAUUGCGCACGAUAUGGAGGAGACCGUCAACCAGUGGAUUACCCUCUGCCACUAG